UGACAUUUGUUGUCAUCUGACUCUUGACAAUCCCCGUUUUAUCAUUUGGCACCAUGAAUUAAAAAUAGUAUUUGUAUGCCUAGUUAUCAUUAUAUAAAAUGGAUAUUGAAAUUGCAAAUGACACAGAAUAUAGAAGAUUAAGUAAAUUAUCACCAGUAGGAAAAGUUUUAAUUUAUGGUACAGGUGGAUUAGCAAUCGGAGUAAGUGUUGUAUGUAUACCGUUCGUGUCGCCGGCCUUCAGAAAAAUUUGUUUACCUUAUGUACCAGCCACCACAGAACAAUUGUUGGGUGUAUGUAAUGCCUUAAAAGGCCAUAGUGGAAGACUCUUGGAUGUGGGUUCUGGUGAUGGCAGAAUAGUGUUCACAGCGGCGAAAUUAGGUUUCAAGGCUGUUGGUGUGGAAUUGAAUCCAAUUUUGGUACUUUACUCUAGAAUGUCAGCUCUUUUAAACAAACAAUACAAUGAGACUAGAUUCUACAGGAAGAAUCUAUGGACUUUCAAUUUGUUACCCUAUAACAACAUAGUGAUUUUUGGUGUCGAGCAGAUGAUGAUGGAAUUUGAGAAAAAGCUGCUGCAAGAAGCUAGCGAUGGUACAGUUGUAGUGGCUUGCAGAUUUCCGUUACCAAAUAUGGUGCCUAUAGAGACUAUAGGACACGGUGUGGAUACAGUGUGGAAAUAUGUCAUUAAGAAAUAAAUAAAAUAUGUAUAUAUAUUUAUUGUAUCUUAGUUUUUAAUAAAUAGUAAAGAAUCAGAA